AACGAAUUCUAUUUUCCCCGUUAAAUUUUUUAGUCUCAGUUGUUCAUUUUAUUGUUAAAUUUUAGUUUUUUUUUUUUUUUUUAAUUUUUAUGGAGGCUCAUGAAUUUGUAGACGAUGAUGACAUAGUUUGGCAAAUAGAUUGGAAUGAUCUACCGGAUUUUACCGGGGUACUGGAUGAACAAGCCCCUGCUGCUUUAACAGUUUCGCCACCCAAUCAGGGUUUCUCGAAUCCCUCUCCGGAUUCCGUGUCUUCGUGGAUUGGCGAGGUCGAGAACCUGUUAAUGAACGACGAUGCUGAGGAGGCGGGAUUACAACCUGAUGCUUACAUUUAUGAUGACUUUUUGUUAGAUAUUCCUGUUCAUUCACCAACCAAUGCCUCUAUCGAGGUCGUCGCCAGUGGGAACUCCAAUCGCUCUUCCCAGGCAACUGCUGACGACGAUCCGCACAAACAGAACAACAGGAUCACUGUGCAGGAGACCGGAGCAGAUGUGUUCGCGGAUCUAGCUGCUGAUUCACCUAUCAGUGGCUCUACCGAGCUUGGUACUGCUCCUAUCGCUGCAAAUAAUUACGAUGUUUCUUCCCAUGGAUCUGGCAACGGUGAUUUGGAGAAAGUGCAGGAGGUCAUAAAGGAUGUUGAGGAUUCUAAUGAUCCUGUUUCCAAGAAGAGGAGAAGACAGUUGAGAAAUAGAGACGCAGCUGUGAAAUCCAGGGAGAGAAAGAAGAUGUAUGUGAAGGACCUGGAGAUGAAAAGUAGGUAUUUGGAAGGGGAAUGUAGGAGACUGGGGCGGUUGCUUCAGUGUUUUGUCGCAGAAAAUCAAGCUCUUCGUCUUAGUUUACAGAGUGGUAGUGCAUUUGAUGCAUCCUCGGCCAAGCAGGAGUCUGCUGUGCUCUUGUUGGGUAUGAAUCACAAAACCAUAUUGCCUUUUACAUUCUUUAUCUUGUAGUUAUGUUGGAGGAAAAUUUUGCUUUUCAUAAUCUUGGUAUCCUUCUGAAAGAUGGAAGAGAAAGGGGUACCCCAGCCAGAAAUGAAAGCAUGCUUCUGCUACUGCCUGUUAACUUGGAUAUUGAUUUUAAUUACGGUGAUAACUAGAAUAUUUUGUUACUCCAUCAAUCAUCUGAACCCUUACUAAACUUGUAUUUCUAAUUUCUAUGGGCUUUUUUAACUCAAUGGUAUGUUGUUUUACUUAUUAUGUUUUGUGGUAACUUCUGAUGUCAUUGAGUAUUAUUUUUGUUUAUCUUGUACCCUAUACAGAAUCCCUGCUGUUGGGUUCCCUGCUAUGGUUCCUGGGCAUCAUGUGCCUAUUCAAUCUGCCAAGACUGCCCAAGUCAAUCGCGGAGGCAGCUCCAGUGGAAAGCGUGGAAAAGAAAAGUCUAGGAGGUCUGGCGGCAAAAGGGGCAGGGAGUAAUGUUGUGGUAGAAUCUUUUCUGAAGAACCGGGGAUGCAAAGCUUCAAGGACAAAGAUGAAAUUGGAAUUUUUAGGUCUCCAAGUUUCAGCAUGAAACUUGUUUGGUAUCCCAGUUUUAGGGUAUCUAUCAGUUGAUAGCAAGGAGGUUUUCGUGACUGAAAUGAUGGUAGGAAGGUGUUAUCUUGCCAGUGCAGGGUUUUUUUUUUUUUUUUAACUGAAGCUAAGUAAGUGCGGUUAGUUUUUGUUAUUUUUAAUCUAGUAGAAACAAUGUGGCCUUUUUUUUUCUUGUUUCUUCCUUUUAUGAUAUAAUAUAAUAAAAUAUGGAUU